GUCCAUCCUCUGACACACCCUCACAGCUUUCUAUAAAGCGUGAGGAUCUGAGAACCUGCUGCAUCGAGCAUCACAGUCAGCUUCAGCAGAUUUGAGGUUUGACUUCAGAGGACCACCGUCAUGACUCCAGUUUUGCUUUCCGUCCUCUUCAUCUCUUUGUCGGCCAUUCCUCCGGGUGCUACUGAUAACGGAGAAAAACAAGAGUCUUUGGACGCCUCUGACAUCAUCGAGAGAGCUAAUGCUGACAUAACUACGCACCUGGUCGACGGCGACAUUGUGCCAAAUGUAAGAAGGAAUGCAAUGCCCUGCACGGCUAAAGGCUGCAGAUGGCCCAAAUCUAGAGGACACGUAAACGUACCGGUCUACAUCUCCCCCAACUACACCAGAACAGAGCGCAACAUCAUCAUCAAAGCCCUGGUGACCUUCCACGCAUCCACCUGCAUUCGCUUUGUCUGGAGGAACACCCAGCGAGAUUACCUCGACUUCUUCUCUGGAUCUGGGUGUUGGUCCUACCUGGGCCGACAGGGUAGAGGACAGCGCGUCUCCCUGAAGAAAAAUGGUUGUUUGGGCACAUCCACAGUGCAGCACGAGGUUCUCCACGCUCUGGGCUUCCAACACGAGCAAGUCCGCUCCGACAGAGACCAAUACGUCUCCAUCCUCUCCCAGAACAUUAAGCCAGGAAAAGAAGGUAACUUUAAGAAGCAGCAAACUAACAACUUGGGUACUCCCUACGACUUCGACUCUGUCAUGCACUACGGAAAACACAGCUUCAGCAAAAACAACGAACCAACCAUCCUCGCUAAGAAAAAUCCGAGUCGUGACUUUGGGACUGCUCGUACGAUGAGCAAGAAUGACAUUGCCCGUGUCAACAAGCUUUACCGAUGUAAAUAAACGGAAGUAAAGGGUCGGCCUCCAGAUAAUUCAACUCCCGGCUUUUUAUGAUUCAACCAAAGGUCCAGAUCUGUUGUUUAACAGUGGCUAACUUUCAAAUAAUUUGUUAAUGGAUUUAAAUCAUUUACUCACUUUAUUGAUUUUAAAAUAUACUCUUUAUGAUAUGCUUAUGGUUUUACUUAGUGGGCUAAAGACACAUGCAAUUGUUAAUGACGUGUCCAGGGGAAGAACAUUUAAAACAAUUUGAACAAUGAAUUGAUCAUAGAGACAAUGAUGAAAAACAUGUUGAUGUAAUGGAAUUGCUGAUUGGUACUGAUGAUUUUAAUGACUUUGUAUUUAUCUUUGCAAUGAAGUUAGCAAUUUGUUCAAUAAAUAUUUAGAUAUAUAUUUCCUUUAAUUAGAAAUGAAGCUGUAAUUACUCUCACUUUGAAUCCCUAACUAUGGAUAAGAAAUACUCAGAACAAGUACCAACAGAACGAUGUGUAAGACAUAUUACUGUACGAGUAAAUAUUCUCUAUUCAAAAACAGUUAGUUAAAAGUACGUUACGAUCGAACAUCUUAGACCUCUGACUGAUAUAUUAUAUAUAAUAAUACAUAGUUAUAUAAAUCAUAUACAAAUGCUCGAUUAGUCCAGUGGUUUCCAAGCAAAUAAAUCUGGAGGGUCUUGAGAUCAUAAAUGAGAAAUAAUUGUAUCAUACUGUAUGUGCUCAAACACGCUGACACAGUGAGCACAUAUGUCUCAAUUAGAGUGGCAUAGUCUGUUCUGGAACUACUUUACAAACUGUAUUGAUCCUUCGGAUAAGUAAGAGUAGUUAACAACAUGCAGAAUAGUUGUGGUAUCUGUAAUACUUCGAUACAUUAGGAAAAAAAUACAAAUAAACAUAUUGUAAGUGGA